AUGCUAUCUGUGGACCACAACUCAUCACAACAACAACAAUAUCAGCGCUUUCAACAACAGCAACAGCAACAGCACCAGUAUAACAACAUCACCAACAACAACCUCAACCAUCAUCAGACAAAGCUGGACGACUUCACCUUUGGCAACUCGACCGACUUUGACUUCUCGACCUCGACCUUCCCCUCAACCGAGCUCUCUGCGUCCAAUCUCGAGUAUCUCAACGCCGCAAUCGCCUCUGCGUUUUCGUCUGACUCGAUGCGGCCCGAAUCCUGGGACGCCGCCGCUCGCUUCUCAACUCCCAAGUUUGGUCGUCUCCCCCAUCAACGAGAAUCCUCUCUGUCUUCCCUGGGAUCUACGGGGCCGGCGUCGCCCUUCAACUCGCACAUCGCGAACCCCCACAUCGCCGUCACUGACGCCAAUGGUGACGGCUUCAUGGACAUGCACUCGCACGACAUGACUAUGAGCUCAGGCCCCUACUACCAGUUGGCCGCCAAGACGAUGCCUCCCUACUCAAACUUCCAUCAUCUCGACAACGCCUCUGUCAGCGAGAUGGCAUAUCCAGUCUCCAUCCCGACCAACAGCCACCACAAGCUGCGACAGGAUCGCAACCUCCUCCCCGCCCCCGAGUUUGCAAAUGGCUUGACCCGAUCACAUCCUGCCUCCGUGGCAAGCUCAAUAGCAGGCGACUCGCCAGCUACUCCAGUCACAGGAGAGGUUGAUCUCUCUGACAGAAGAAGGCAAGGUCAUGGCAACGGAACUGUCCCCAAACUCGACCGCACGAUGACAGACGUCUACGGCGAUGAGCUGUACAACCCAAACUUCACCAUCACCUCAUCGCCACAGCAGAGCCAAGUGACUGCUGCGCCUAGUGACGUCUUCAACCAGCGCAUCAGUGCCGCGAAUAGCCAGCACCUCAGCACAAUUAGGCAUUCGCCUACGUCAAGCAUUUCUCGAGACAUUUCUCCCUUCCGCCAUGGGUCUCCACUUGCUCCUUCGCCACUUCACGACUGGGCUUCCUCCCAUGGUGCCGUGGCCAUGAAUUCACAGCCGCGCAUGCCGGGCCAGGACCGCAAUGGCCAGCACGAUGCCCACUUCUUCCAGCAGCAGAUGACCAAGACGACACAGCCCGGAACGCCCCAGACCAUUUCUCCCAAGGAUGCCGUCCUUGAGUUUAACGAGUCUGGAGAGGAUUCCAACAUGCCCCUGUUCUCGCACACGCCAAUCAACUUUGGCAUGGACCACAUGGGCAGGAUACUGCCCGAGGGAAGCGUCAAUGGCCACGCAUCAGCGGCACCCAACUACGGCCAGGGGGAUCAUGCAGGUCACAUGCACAACUUGCCUCAGGUACCUCAGCGAUACCCGUUUAUCGCCUAUCCGCCACACAGCCAAGACGCAUCAGCAUCUCAAUUGAGCUCUGCAGAGUCUAAUUCUACUGGGUCUGCGGCUUACAACACUCCAGCUCCCCAGAGCCGCCCUGCCGGCGCCAAUGCUGAUGGAGGCACUUAUACCUGCACAUAUCACGGCUGCACACUACGCUUUGAGACGCCCAACUUGCUACAGAAGCACAAGCGUGAAGGCCACAGACAGUCGCACGGACUUGCCGGUGCUACCCGGCCACACCACGAUCACAUGGGGAUGACCUCGAGCCUGCUCAACAGCCAGGCCGGACCCCAUCGCUGUGACCGCAUCAACCCAAGCACUGGCAAGCCGUGCAAUACCAUCUUCUCGCGGCCCUACGACUUGACCCGUCACGAGGAUACCAUUCACAACGCCAAGAAGCAAAAGGUGCACUGCAACCUGUGUACCGAGGAGAAGACAUUCAGCCGCGCUGAUGCGCUUACGAGACACUACCGAGUUUGUCACCCUGAUGUUGAGCUCCCCGGCAAGCACCGACGACGCGGUGGAGCUUAA